AUGGACUUGGAAGAGAUUUAUCUAUUACUCAAGUAUGAUUGGUUCGUAUGGUUGGCCCUUCGUGAUCCUUUUCACUAUUCUGAAUUCUGGUCCAACGUCCGUUUAAAGGCGUCGAUAACUGUUCAAACAUCUGAUAUCAAUAAAAGCAAUGUUAACGAUUGCAGUGAAUAUAAUUUCACAUAUUUG